CAAACGGUACCAGUACAGAACCUGCUACAGUACCGGACUGUUUUAAAAAAUUUCUUUUUUCUGCUCCCUUCUCCUUCUGGUUCGCAUCAGCCUCCCCCCUGCGCUGUUACUAUUCAUCCGACCUAUUUUUGGGUCGCCACCACCACCUCCGACCACCAAACUCGACAAGGUUGGUACCAAAAGAACCAGCGCGACGUCACCUUCCCAUCCCGACCCUUCUCCGGCCCAGCCGCCACUGUAUCUCGCCGGAAUUCGCAAACAUAGGGCCGGUUUUACCCAUAACUUCACGGAGUUCGUUCAAGCGAUUCCGACUACCAAAUCUUGCGAUCUAGAACGAAUUUGUUUACCUCUAAAAUCUCAAAAUUCAAACGCAUUUUGUAAGCGGCCACGCCUAGCACUGCAAGCUUCGACAAGCCCAAAUCGCCGGCCGGUCAGUGCAGAAUUUACCAGUUCAAAUGGCAAGAAAAAGAGCUAAGAAAACUGUAAAACAAGUUGCCUUGUCACCAGGGACCGAUUUCAAUGUUGCAGAGGAAAAGGAGCCCCAGAAUGCGAAACAAGAAGCUCAAUUCACAGACCCAGAUGUUGAGCGGCAAAUUUCUGCCAUUAGGGCUAUUCGUGAUGUUGAGACUGAACAUCUCCUGACUAAUUUGCGUUUGCUUCGCUCCUACUUCAACAAGGAACAGCAGCGAACCCCUCUAUUGCAAUAUUUUAAAGAGAACUUUCAAAACCUGUUGAAUGUAAGAAAUGGAGAAAAUGGACAAAUGGAAGUGCAAUGGAUUGAUAAAGAUGGCAAUGUAUCCAUGAAUGAUGGAAUGGAUUUACAUGAGACUCUUCUUCGCCGGUUGUCCAUUGCUUAUUCUGGUUGUUCAGCAGCAAUUCCAUCUCUUGGUGGCUUUGAGUUUUCUAGUAAAGCAGAUAAAACAAGCCUUCUGGGUGUUGAUAAUCCGCAGAUCAGCGACUUUGGUUUAGAGGAGCCAUUUGAUAGUCUGAUGCUAGGGAAGCAAGAUACUCUCCAAACUCCUGGGGUGAGUAGCCAGAGGCUGUCUAUUGGGAUGACACCCAAGACGCGAAGGCUCCCAAAGCCUGGGGAGAUGCUCUUAUCUGUCCAUGGCUCACCCCUUGGUGUUUACAAGGAAGACAACAUGGAAGCCAUACAUGAGUCGGAAGAGGGAUGACUGACUUGAAAUGGCUCAAGUGGUCAAUCAGGAUUCAUAACCGUGCAUUACUUGCCAAUCCAAGGUUCUCUAAUUUACUUCUAGCAUUGUGCUAACAAUCACUGUAGUGCCUGAAAAUGCUCUUGUAUCAUUCUACUGACACCUUUGAGAUUGGAUUUAUGUGAAAUAUAUUCUAUCAUUUUCCUGUAUAUAAUUCAUAUGUAAUUUUCGUCAUUUGUUUUAGUAAUUUCCCAAGAGAAUCGAACAUGGUCAUGAACGUUGAUUUAAGCCAGAGCAUAGUGAUAGACUACUCGGUUUUACUCUCAAUUCAUUUCUAUACACCAACAUUGCUUUGAUUUUUGCUUCUUAGUCAUUCAAAUGUAGUCA